UCAGGAACAGGACUCUGAAGGCAGCUGUCCUCCUCCAAGCUCUCUUCUGUCAAAAUGAACACCGAGCCUGUGGUCAUCGUUGCUGCUGCGCGGACGCCGAUAGGGUCCUUGAAUGGCGCUUUGUCCACGGUGCCGCUCCAUGACCUGUGUUCAGUCGUGAUCAAGGACGUUCUGAAGCGGGCUGGGGUCAAGCCAGAGGAGGUCUCUGAGGUUAUCAUGGGACACGUCCUGACAGCAGGUCACGGGCAGAACCCGGCUCGUCAGGCCAGCGUCGGGGCGGGGAUUCCUUACCCCGUCCCUGCGUGGAGCUGCCAGAUGGUGUGUGGCUCUGGGCUGAAGGCAGUGUGUCUGGGAGCUCAGUCCAUUCUGACCGGAGAGUCCGCCGUGGUGGUCGCAGGGGGCAUGGAGAGCAUGAGCAGGGCUCCUCACACAGUACAAAUGAGGGCAGGCGUGAAGAUGGGCGACGCCUCCCUGCAGGACUCCAUGGUGGCCGACGGCCUGACGGACGCCUUCCACGGCUACCACAUGGGAAUCACAGCUGAGAACGUGGCGAAGCAGUGGAGCGUGAGCCGAGAGGAGCAGGACCGCUUCGCCGUCCAGUCCCAGAACAAAACGGAGGCGGCGCAGAAAGCAGGAUACUUUAAUCAGGAGAUCGUUCCCGUCAUGGUGCCGUCCAGAAAAGGUCCGGUGGAGGUGAAGGUGGAUGAGUUUCCUCGACAUGGCAGCAGCUUGGACAGCAUGUCCAAACUCAGACCCUGCUUCAUCAAGGACAGCAGCGGCACCGUCACCGCUGGAAACGCUUCAGGUAUCAAUGAUGGAGCAGCAGCAACAGUCCUGAUGAGCCAAUCAGAGGCUGUGAGGCGCAGCGUUAAGCCAAUGGCCAGGAUUGUAUCGUGGGCUCAAGCUGGCCUCGAACCUUCGAUUAUGGGAACUGGACCAAUCCCAGCCAUCAGGAAGGCAGUCGAGAAAGCCGGCUGGCAGCUGGACCAGGUCGACUUGUUUGAGAUCAACGAAGCAUUUGCUGCUCAGUCAGUGGCUGUGGUCAAAGAGCUCGGCCUGAACGCAGACAAGGUGAAUGUGAGCGGCGGCGCCAUCUCUCUGGGUCACCCCAUCGGCAUGUCUGGCUGCAGGGUGCUGGUCACUCUGCUGCACGCCCUGCAGAGGACCGGAGGAAGUAAGGGCGUGGCGUCCCUCUGCAUCGGAGGAGGGAUGGGCAUCGCCAUGUGUGUGGAGAGGGUUUGAAUACCUGACGCUACCCAACGGAUUGCACUUCAUCUCGUCGUUUUGUUUUUUUAAUGGAUAAGGGACAUGACACUUAAUGUUUACACUGCACAGUAAAAGAUAGAGUUUACUUCUUCCAGCCAAUGUGCUUGAGGCAAAAGGGAGUCUGUGUUGUGGUCUUUUCCAGCAGUAGCUCGCCAUUCUCACUGUGACCUCCAUUUAAAUUCAACCUUCCUCAGGUUCUAGCUGUCGAAGACUUAAUGUUAGAUAUCCUGUUGGUACGAAUGCAACCUAAUCUACUGUAUGUACUGUGUCAGUAGUGAUUUAAAAUCCUUACAACCUGGUUAUAGGUGUACUAACUUAGCACCGUGCUGCAGGUAGAAGACGGUUAAAAAUAGAUGUUUCCAGUUACCUAUACAGCUGAAGAGUGAAACACUACAACUUUCGAGGCUAGCUAUUAGCGCCCAGCGUGGACGACAUGCUUCCGUGUCAUCAUUUUAAACUUGUGGUGUAAUUUAUUGAUAUUUGUUCGAGGCAUUCCAGCAUCUUUACAUGUGGGACAAAUGGACCUUCUCUCUCUGAUCGAUUGUGCAGAAAACAGCCUUGAAACACGGUUAAGUGCCAAAAGGUGAAGGACGCCAGCCUUCUCUGCUCUCGUGCUUCCUGUACACGGGCAUGUUUGCAAACUGUUUCUCCUGUAAUCUUACUGUUUGACAUAUCAAUAAUAAAUAACAUAAA